UAACCGACCGAACCGAACCAUUGACACCCUUAGGUUAUACAAUAUCAAUUUCUCGAAACUUUUCCAAAUGCCCGACCCGACUGCUAAAGUCGACCGAACCCUAUAAGUAGCCAUCCCUUUCCCACUCCCACUCGGAACUGGGAAGUUGAUCGGGAGUAAAACCCUAUGCUUUUUCUCUCUAUUUCUCUACUUCUCCUACAAUUCGCUUAUACCCGUUUGAUUGGGUAGAAAUCUUGGUCUGAAGUCUGUGUUUAUCAAUCGAGCAAUGGUGUGGUGUAGUAACUGUGAAGAGAACAGGGAACCCGCGAAUCUGGAUGGUAAAAUAAGUUGUUCCUCCUGUGGAAAAGUUCUCUACGAAGAUAACUUGUCAAUUGAGCCAACUUUCUUUAAGAAUUCUUCUGGUCAGAGCCAAUUGUCAGGAAAACUUGUGCGGUCUGUCCAAACUGAUUUCUCAGUUUCACGUCAAAGAACAAUAGAUGAAGCAUAUAAUGAUAUAGAGAGUAUGGGAUAUGCAUUAGGAAUUUACGGUGGUGAAUCAAUAUAUAGUCCGGCGUCGCGUCUCUAUACGCUAGCACUUGAGAGGAAUUUCACAAGGGGUCGUAGGAAAGAGCAAGUUGAGGCUGCUUGUCUUUACAUUGCAUGUAGGCAUAACAAUAAGCCAUUCCUACUUAUUGAUUUUUCUGAGUACUUGAGGAUAAAUGUGUAUGUUUUAGGUGCUGUUUUCCUACAGCUUUGCAAACUUCUAAGCCUUGAACACGAUCCAAUUGUUCAAAAACCUGUGGAUCCUAGCCUUUUCAUUCAUCGAUUCACUGAUCGUUUAUUCAGGGGAAGGAAGCCGAAUAUAUCUAGAACUGCACUUCACAUUGUGGCAAGCAUGAAGCGAGAUUGGAUGCAGACGGGGAGAAAGCCAAGUGGAGUAUGUGGAGCUGCACUUUAUAUUGCUGCUCUUUCACAUGGACUGAGUUGUUCUAAAUCAGAAAUUAUCAAAGUCGUGCAUAUUUGUGAAGCAACAUUGACAAAGCGAUUGAUUGAAUUUGAAAACACAGAAUCUGGGAGCUUAACGAUUGAUGAGUUAAAUACAAGAGCUCAGGAGCUUGAGAAAGAAGAGAGGCUAACCCUGCAACUUUAUUCCAGGUCAAAAGGAUCUGGGAUCGCAGAAGUGCUAUGUGAACACAAGAAAAGUGUGGAGCUGCCCUUUGCCCAUGGUCUAUGUGAAAGUUGUUACAUUGAUUUUGUAAAACUUUCAGGUGGGAUUGAUGGAGGAUCUGAACCUCCCGCCUUCCAACGCACUGAGAAAGAAAGAUUAAUGGCAAAAGAAGCUGCUGAAGACCCAAAUUUUCCCAUGUCCAAUCAGGUGGAGAACAAUGGCCGCGAGUAUUUGGAGCCUGAAAAGGGAGAACAAGUGCAGAUAUCAGGCUCUGAGCAUAAUGCGAGUUGUGAUACAUUACAUGGCACGGAAUGUAUGGGUCCUGAUGAACAUGAUGAAUCAGGUAACUUUUUGGAUAUCGAUGAUGUAGAGGUUGAGGGUUAUCUUCUAAAUCAGGAGGAGAAGCAGUACAAAGAGAUCAUUUGGGUAAAAAUGAAUUGGGAAUAUGAGGAACAAGCAGCUAAGGAAGCAGCUGCAUUAGCUGCACAGAAGGCUUACGAGGAGUUCACUUUAGCUAACUGUUCUGAAGAUGUGCAAGCUGCACAGAAGCUUGCUGCUGAUGCUGCUGCCGCUGUUGCAAAAUCAAGAAAGGAAAAACGAGAGAAAAGGGCUGCAGAACUGAAAAACUCCGGUCCUGCUCAAACCGCUGCAGAAGCAACGAAGCAAAUGUUAACUAAAAAAAGGCUGAGCUCUAAGAUUAACUAUGAUUUGCUAGAGAAGCUUUUUGAUGAAACUGCAAUACCUGAGAAUCCAAAAAAAGUCAGGAAGGUGGAUGAUUCAACAUAUGAUAACGUGGUAAAGAUCAGCAAAAUUGAUCCGGAAGUAGAAGAGACAAAUGAAGAAGCAUUUGGCGAGCAUCUGCAGUAUGAUGGAGAUGUUGGAGGAUAUGACUAUGAUCAACAAUAUGAUUAUGAUGAGUAUUGA